UAGGACUUAGCAGGGACUGUCGAAGUAGUAUAUUCUGGUAUGGAGCGUAAGUUAGAAGUGUCAGUUGCAUCCGUGUGAUGGCCGCGACGUCUCUGGUGCUACAGUAAUGUGCUAAUUACCAAAGGAAGGCGACGGUUUGCCUUUUGUUCAGGCGAAUUCCUGAAGUGCGUUGAUGGCCCUAAUCCUAUCGGUUUCACGUGCAAGGAACCGCCGGUUUAGGUCGUAAGUGGUUCCGGACCGCGACAUCCCUGAGCCUCCUUGCGAGGCGUGUGUAAGAAAAAAAAACACACCAGGCACUCAAUUGUCAGCGACUGCUUGCGAAACUGGUAACGUCGCCCUCUCUCUUUUCGCGACGGCGAUGGCACUCAGCGUGACAGUUGCGGGGAGAGAAGUGACGGGACUAUCACAGGCAAAGCCACGGGCGAACGUCGCCGCGGCUAACAUUGUCGCUGACGGCCGCUCUUAGCAUCCGCCGGUAAUUCCUUGGUUAGCUGCCGGUCAGUUGCCGGCUAGGCGUCAGCCAUGCCUCGCAUCUCGCAGCUGCCGUUGCUCCGCAGCAGCAGCAAGGAGGAGCGCGCGCUAGCUCUCGCGGAAUGCGCCCACCCCCCCGCGAUCCCCCCGUGUUCUUCCGUCGGCCCCGCGCCAGCCCGCCCGCUCUCCCUCCUCGAGCGGAAGACUUCGCUCCCCUCGUUCCUCUCGCGCAAGUCCCCCCCGGGCCAGCCGCGCAACACCCCCGCGGAGCAGCGCAAGUCGCCGCCGGUGGAGCAGAAGCUCCGCGAGGGUCCUCCGCCGCUGCGCCCCAAGUCCCCGCACCACCUGGAGUGGGUGCGCCAACUCUCGCUCUGGCAAGGCGCGCAGGCGCAGCAGGGGGACGCGCAAACGCAGGCGCAACAGGCGGAGGUGCCGCGGAACGGUCAAGUGAAGGCGGGACACGGGAAGGUACGCGGAGGAGCGCAAGGAUCGGCGCAGGGGGUGCGGAAAGGGGAUGCGCGGAAGGGGCAGGUAUUUCGGCGGAAGCAGCAAGCGCAACAGAAAGCGAGCGCCAACGCGGGUUCUGAAGAUGCCCCCGAGCCGCCGAUUAAAAACGUGUGGGAGGCCGCGGAAGCGGGAAAACUAGCUAAUUGGGUGGAUGAAGCGGACGGUGGCGAUGGAGCGGGGACAGAAAGGGACGGCGGCGAUCCGUUGCUGGAGAAUGUGAUUGGCGCUGGGACAACGAGGCUAUCACAACAGGCGCGUCAGUCUGCACCUACUGUCUCCGUUAGUGGCGUCUCCGUUAGUGACGUCUGCGUUAGUGGUGCUUCUGUUGCUAGCGCGGGGUCGACAACUGACUGUGACGUUACAGAUACCGCCGUUAGUCAGGCGCCCAAGAUUACUACGACAAACGGAUCUGCCACAAACGCGGCUGCCACAAACGGGGUCGCUGCCAGAGCGCGCGCCGGCGCCGCUGUUGCUUCUGUCUCCCCCACAGGCGCCGCAGCUACAGCCGCGGCGGCUGUAGCCAGGAGCUUUAGCGCGGCCGCCUCUGUCUCAGGUGACGCUGCUACAACCGCGGCGGCUGAAGCGAGGAGUUCUAGCAGCAGCGCGGCCGCGACGGUUGUAGCAAGGAGUCCCAACGCGCCGCGCUACAGCCGGUCAGGGGGCCACAGGCGGCGGUUCGUGCGCGCGGCUACAGCCAGCAGCGCGUCGAUGGAGCUGCGGGGGCAGCGUUCCAGGCUCGGAAGUCCCAAACCUUGUCCGGACGAGUCGUUGUUUCCUUCCCGAGCCCACCCGACAGCUUCGGCAGCACGUUCGGCAGCACCGUCUUCCGAACCGAGUCUUUUGGCGGCGAUUGCAACAGUCAGGGGGGGGGAACAAGAGAGAGAGGAAGAGAGAGGAAUCGGCACAGAAUCUCAAAAUCUCAAAAUCCCUCAGAUGCUGACGUGGCUGCUGACGUGGCUGCAGCAACAGGAGCUGACCUGUCACCAUCAGACGCGGUAGCAGCAGGGAUAGUCGCAUCGGCGUUUUUCACGCGCAAAUCUCACACCAUGCGCAAUCGCAUGGUGCCCCUAACCCCCACGGCGGUUACCACCCCCAGAGCCCCAGGCACUGCUGCUGCUGUGGCCACCCCCGGGCGGAA